AUGCACAAACAAACUAAUCGCAAAGUCUCGCCGCCAGGUCCCUCCUUCAUGUCCAAUGAUCAAGUUGCAACGUACUUGAAAGACUUAAGGGCCAACCGCCCAGCUCGUCCAACCGGGUCCCGGCCAUAUCCAGGCAGGGCACCGGCGUCGACCACGGCGGUCCCCGACAGUCUGCCCCCAAGGGCAUCCUCGGCCUUCUCGAUGCACCCAGUCGAGGAUGAAAUGGAAGUGCAACCCCGCGCGGGGAGUGCCAUGUCUCAUCGCCGAGCAACCUCCCAGAUGUCUCCAAAGGCCAUGGGCCGUCCGUUAGCACAGGAGCCACGAACACACUCAAUUCGAAAGAAUGUCUUCCCCGCACAGGUGCAAUCCCGCACCAUCCCAAUCCCUCCAUCCCCAGCGCCCUCAUAUCAAGAAGACGGUCAACGCCGUCAUGAAAAGGAAGAAGCUCGGUCCCUGCGUGAGGCCCUCCAAAACAUGGAUGUGCAGGAUGACGUGGGUCUACACAAGGCAGCGCAGGACGAGGCCACAGAGCUAGUGUGGAUGCAUCAGAACCCGGGCAAGCAAUUUAAAAACCCAUACGCGCCAUAUAAAAACCCGGACGCCGACAGGCGCAGUGAAAGCCCCGUGCGAAGUGAUUCGCGGGGAUACGAUUCUUCUCAUAGAUUCAGUCAGUCCGUGGGGUCAAUUGGAUCGUCGGAUAGUCACCCAAGCCCUGAUUCCUUGCGCAAACGAUCUUCGUUGGCUGGUUCAACGAAGAAGAAUCUCAAAGUGAACUUUAAGCUACCGGAGGAGGAGCCCAUCGAGCCCGUCGCCAAGCCACGCACCGUCAGCAAUGAUUCCUCAAAGGGGGUGUUCAGGAACCCCGAUGAUCAUAUUUAUGAAGAGCCCGUGGAUACUAAGAAAGAACCAGAGACGCCCGAUUUCUCUCAAUCGGAUUCCUCGGCCUUGAGGAAUAAACCACGCAAUGCGUUCGGUCGUAACCCCAAGCCACUGCCAUGGCUGCGGGAUAGAGGGACUAACGGCACUACCGUCACGGACAGAAUUUCGAGAUUCGAAAUUCACAAGAACCCUCCCACCCAAUCGCGCAAUGCUGGAUACACUCGGAAUGAGAGCACCCCUACCCCUCCACCCGAAGAACCCAAGCAGCACCCGAUCCCGACCAGGGAGGGACGAGAACUGCGCAGUGACGAUAUUCGGGCUGCCACGAGCAAGAGAAGGGGAGACCGUAGCGAAAAGCUCCCUAUGCCAUCGGCGCUCAGCGAUCGACCUGGACGUCCAAUUGUGAGCUUCGAUCAGACAUGGAAGCCAGCCGAUCAACCCAAGCCCGAGCGUCCGACCAUGCCCAUCAUUGAAAUUGCCGCACCUUCAAUUGAAGUCUCAGCUCCUUCUAUUGAAGUUUCCGAGCCGCCGCCCAUCCCGGUGAUCAAUGUCCCCGACAUUAAAGUACCCACGAUCUCCGAGAUUGAACCACCCUCGGAGCGAUCGAACACGCCGACAAGAUCAGGACCACAGCCCUCAAGAACCAGCCCGACCAAACAAGGAUUCUCAAAGCAACCAUCCGAAUCCCAGAACCGCUGGUACACGCCUUAUUCCAGGUCUGGUGCCCCGACUGCAAGCUGUGAACUCUGCUCCCGUUCCAUUUCGGGCAAGAUUGUCACGGCCGGUGGAUGCCGUUUCCACCCAGAGUGCUUUACUUGUUCCCACUGCCACACAGCACUUGAAUGUGUGGCAUUUUACCAAGAGCCCCAGUCUAGCAGAGACGAGCGACUAGCAACCGAGGCCAAUGACCAUGAGGCUCGGGUGCCCCGGUUCUAUUGUCACCUAGAUUUCCAUGAACUGUUCAGCCCCCGCUGCAAGAGCUGCAAGACUCCCAUUGAAGGAGAAGUGGUGGUGGCAUGCGGGGCUGAAUGGCAUGUCGGCCACUUCUUCUGUGCCGAGUGCGGUGAUGUAUGUUCUCACUCUUACCCUAUUCCUCUCCUUCUCAUUCUUGUCGCACCUACUGACCUUCUGCAGCCAUUCGAUUCUCAAACGCCCUUUGUCGAAAAGGACGGCUUUGCAUGGUGUCUCAACUGUCACUCGCGGCGGACCGCACCCCGCUGCCUGGGCUGUAAACAGCAUGUACUGGAUGAGGUGGUCAUCACCGCCAUCGGAGGACAGUGGCACGAGCGCUGUUUCAACUGCCACGAAUGUGGCGAUGGAUUUGGAGCUGAGGGCCGGUUCUUCGUUCGCGAGGGAGAACCCAAGCGAACAGCCAAGGGCCGUAUCAUUGGUGGUCCCGUCCAGCUUGCCAUCUGUGAGCGAUGUGAAGGAAUUCGUCUCAAGGCACCGGGGAUGUGCUAA